AUGCCGGGGAAAACUCUCGUGGCCUGGACCGCGAUGCUGGGUUCUUGUGCCGACAUUGGAGAUCUUCACGGCGCCAGAGAGAUCUUCGAUAGAAUGCCACUCUGGGACGCACUGUCAUCGAACACGAUGCUUUGCGCAUUUGCCCAAGCCGGGCAUUUUGAGGAAGCAUGGCAAUUGUUUCUGGGAAUUCCACACAAGGAUCUUGUGAUAUGGACUUCGAUCCAGGCAGCACUCUCUCAAAAAUGUAAUCUGGUCGAUUCGAAGUGGGUCUUCGAUGCGAUGCCGCAGUACAAUCUAGUUUCCUGGAACUCCAUGCUUGCAGCAUAUGCCCGUGCUGGGCAUUUUGGAGAAGCCCAGCGAUUCUUCUCCCAGAGUAUGCCAGAGACGAACUUGGUCUCUUGGAACUCACUGCUCCAGGCAUUCGCGCAGGGAAAUCGUCUAGAUCUUCUCCGGGAGUGCUUCGAUCGAGCAAUGCCCCAACGGGACGUGAUCUCGUGGACGACUGUUCUUGGCGCGUAUGCCCAAUCGGGACUAUACCAGGAGGAGGUUGAGGAGAUCUUCGCGAGGAUGCCCGAGCACAAUCUCGUCUCGUGGAAUGCGAUCCUCGCCGCCGCGACGCACAGCCAGCGAUCGCGGAUCUUUGGUCGAAUGCCUCGGCAUGAUCUUGUCUCGUGGAAGACGAUGCUUUGCUCGUAUGCCCAGGCCGGGCAUACGCGCCAAGCGCUGGAUUUCUUCUCUCGCGGGAUGCCUGCGCACGACCUCGUGAGCUCGAAUCUAGCGCUCUCGCUGCGAGCGCAAGAGGGCGAUUUGGAGCAAGCCCAGCAGCUCUUCGAUCGAAUUCCAGCCCCGGAUUCCUUCUCCUGGAACACGCUCUUCAGCGCCUACGCUCACAGCGGCCACUUCCAAGCCGCCAGGGAUGUGUUCGAUCGAAACGCGAUGAACAGGGACGAGAUCUCGUGGGCUUCGCUCAUCGCAGCGUACGCGCAGCAGGGGCACGUCGAUCGAGCGCGCCAGAUCUUCGACAGAGUCCCAAAGCUCGAUGGAGUAGCGAUCUGGAACUCGAUGCUCGCCGCGUACGCACACCACGGCAAGGAUCCUCUCGACGCUUUCAGCCUCGUGAGUUCCAUGGCGGCGACGUUCCAAGCGCCGCCGGAUGGAGCAGCCUUCGCGGCAGUGUUGAUCGCGUGUAGCCGCGCCGGGGAUUUGGAGAGAGCCCAGGAGUUCUUCGCGUCCAUGGUGAGUGACUUCCAGAUCGAGCCGACCAAGCAGCACUACUGCUGCGUGGUGGAUCUCCUGGCAAGGUCGGGAUUCCUUGACACUGCCAGGGACGUCGCGACGAGCAUGCCAUUUGCUCCAGACGCUACCGAGUGGACGUGCUUGCUGGGAGCCUGGAAAAAUCACAAGCUCGAGCAAAGAGUUAGAGACCAAAAGAGACCAAAAGUUUGUAACGCAAGCUUCUCACGAACUAUAAGACUGCUUGGAACGUAG